CUUAUAUCUUUGAUUAAUAGGUUUGGUUCCAAAACCGAAGAGCAAAAUGGAAAAAACGCAAGAAAUCAACAAACGUGUUCAGGAGCCCUGGUGCCCUAUUGCCGUCCCACGGACUACCACCGUUUGGGUCCAUGUCCGACAGUUUGUGUCCCACGUCAAUGUUCAGCUCUCCAGACACCAGAUGGGGUGUGACUAGCAUGGCCACGGGACUCAGCCAACUGACCGGUGGUACAGUUACCAUGAGCGGAUACAACCAUCAGAACUCGUCACUCAGCUCCGUGCCGAUCACGACGAUGGCUACCAAUGCUCAGAAUAUGUAUCAAGCGCACUAUGGUCUCAAUUCACUAGGUGAAUCAAACAAAUGGCGAUUUUCCAAAGAUCAAUUCAAACCCUAUCCAGCUGACUCUCAGUUAUUUUGAGAAUCAAUGUGAUGUGCAUCGUUGUGUUUUAUACCGUGUUUACACGCAAGACAGCAGCACGAACAAAUGCAGACGAGGUGGAGCGGAUUAACUGAACAAUUUUUUUCUUCCAAAUUAUUAUUAUUAAUAUUAAUUAGUGUUUGGUGAUGCGUUUUUAAGAUUAAGAAUAUUUUUUAAACUAUUCAUUAAAAAUAAUUAUUGUAAAUCUAUAGCGGCAAUAACGUUUAUUCUUACUACCUACCUACUCAUGUAAACAAAUUGAACUUAUCCAUCUGUUACUAGCAAUUUAAAAUACAAAUAAUUUGAAUAUGAUUGUAAACAGUGCCCGGGUUGCAUAAGUAAUGAGACUUCUCCAACGGUAACUGACAAUGAGAUACAUCAAUAGUUAUUAAAAAUGUAUAAAUACCUCUUAAAAUAUAUGAUAUAACUUAUAUAUAACACACCGGCCUAAAUUACGGAAUAGAUUUAAAUAUCAACCUAAUGACAAAUAAUAAUAGGCAGGUUAAUUGUAUUAAGUACCUACCUACCUAUUACAUUUUAUUGUUUAUAUAUCAAUGCCCACAAUACACUUACACAAAUCACUAAUUUUAACAUGCCAAUAUAUCUACAGUCUAGGACCUGGGCCAUAUUUGUUGGGUUGGGUUGGAGUUAUCUACAUGGUACCAGUUUGAUAAGGAUUUAAUAAUUUUAUUGUUAUUCAUAAAAAAAUAAUAUUUGUAAAUUGUAAUACACUAAGGCAUAAGCAAUGGAAUAAAUAUUUCUUCAAUAACAAA